AUGCACCUUAUGCUUGAUGCCCAGACACAUUUACGAGAUCCCAGGGUUACGCCAAUACCGUGGCGAAAAGACAUUUUUGAGGAGGUGCAAACUCGACCAUUGACUAUUGGGGUCUUGAUUGACGACGGGGUCGUAAAGGUUCACCCGCCGAUUGACAGGGUUCUCAGAGAGCUAGAAGCAAAAUUGAAAUCUGCAGGUCAUGAAAUUGUGCAGUGGGAUGCUUCCGGACAUAAAGAGUGCAUCGAGAUUAUGGAUUUGUUUUAUACUGCCGAUGGAGGGGAAGAUAUUAGAAGGGAUGUGACCGCCAGUGGUGAGCCUUACAUCCCGCAUGUUGAAGGCUUGAUCAAUCGCGGACAACCUAUAUCUGUAUUCGCUUAUUGGCAACUCAACAAGAGAAAGAUUGCAGCUCAGAAUGCAUACUGGGACAAAUGGAACAACAAAAAGAGUCCGAUUUCUGGAAAAUCGGUUGAUAUACUGCUCAUGCCGACCAUGCCACAUACUGCGGUGCCUCAUCGCACGUGCCGCUGGGUUGGAUACACCAAGGUUUGGAAUUUUCUCGACUAUACUGCACUUUCUUUUCCCGCCGGGCAAGUCAGAGGGGCGACAGAUAUAUUGCCGUCAGAACACUACAGCCCUCGUAACGAGUAUGAUGAAUGGAACUGGAAACUAUACGAUCCACAUACAAUGGACGGUCAUCCCGUGGGAUUACAGCUAGUUGGAAGGCGGUUUGAUGAAGAGAAAGUUUUAGGUAUCGCGACAGUGAUUGAGAAAUUGAUAAAGGAGUAA